GUUGACGAUAUGCGCAAGACUGCAUGAGAGAUUACUUGUGUACAGAACAAUCCUAUAUGUCUAUUGCCUCUUCCUUCGUCAUGUACCCGUUACCGUCAACAUUGAUUGAGGGAUCGUCCAAAUGCUCUUCAUGCUCCUCUCUAUUGUUGCCUCCAUCGCCUUUCUCUCGAGUGACCUUUGGAGACCUUUCAGUAACAUCCUGCAGGAUGUGCUUCAAGUACCCGAGGAUCUUCCGCAGCUCACUCUGCUGCGCGACGAUAGAAUUCCUGCUCACCCUCACCAUCCCAGUGUGAGUCAUGGUGAUAAAGAUCCAAGUGUAUCCGUCAGAAGCGACACCAUAGGUGUUUUGGGCGCGCAGAACCACUGGAAUCUCCAGGUGCGUGGUGGGAAGGAAGUUAGCAACCCUGUUUAUUACUAAAUUUCUGACUAGUAUAUCUGCAAACCGUCAUCCUUAUUGAUGAUUCCACAGAUCAAGAUGCUGCAAGAACGCUCCAAGUGUCAGAUGAUGAGCUUUCUGACCGCUACAAAAUUCGGGACAUCGUUGACGCUACUC